AUGGACCCAUCUUCUACUGGUGGCUUCACAAAUUUGUUGAACUCUUCAACCUCAAGCCCAGAAUUUCAAGGACCACAAAGUGGCUACAACCAGCAAUAUCCAAAUUUCCCUCCACCUCAUUUCGACCAUGAUUUUCGACCACCACCAUAUAGACCCAUUCAGUCCCAUUAUCCACAUCAUUUCAAUCCUUUUGGGGUUCAACUAGGAUUUCAACAGUUUCGUGGAACAUCAAGCUACCAUGGUACUCCUUACCAUGAAGGUGGCUUGUUUGGAGGCAUCGGUGGUAGUGGUUCACGUGCUGAUGAAUCUGAGUCUCCCAUUUCUGUUCCACAGCCAUCACAUGGGGUUCCUGCUAUCAAUGAAGAGCAAAGUGAGAGCAGUCCAGAGGAAGAAAAUAAAAAAUCUGGGUGCAGAUCGUGGAGUAAACCUAUGAACCUAAGGCUAGUACGUGCAUGGCUCAACAACUCCAAUGAUCCAAUACAAGGCGUUGACAAGAAAUAUGAUCACUAUUGGAAAGAUGUCGCCAAAGAAUACAACAAGCAUUCACCUAAAGAAGAGCGAAGAUCAGCGGCCGUGUUGAAAAAUCACUGGAAUAGAUAUCCUAUAGUGAUGAAGUUCAAUCAUUGUUGGAACAGAAUGAAAAAUACACAUGCUAGUGGUGAAUCAGAUGAUCAAAUAAUGGUGAGAGCUCAUGCAGUUUUCAGCAAUGAAAAUUCAGACAAGCCAUUCCUAUUGGAAUAUUGGUGGAGAGAGAUACGGACGAAGCUAGUGCUGAAGUACAUCGUCGCCCUAUUGGCCAGAAGGCAGCAAAAGCACAAAAAAAGGGAAAGGGAAGUAUUAUCACAUUGUUCAGAAGGCUACCUAUCAAAUGAUAUAGUGAACUCUUUCAAUGAUUUCCAGCUGAAGAAGUUACAAGCAAUUGAAAAAAUGGCUGAAGCAACAAGUGAGCAUGCUAAAGCCAUUGCUAAGCAAGCUGCAGCAAAUGAAGAGAAGACAAGGGACAAGAAAUUGAACAAAUACCUAAAGCUAGUCACUGUCGAUACUGCAAAUUUUAGUGCUGAACAAAAGGCUGGCAUGACAUUAUGUUGA